AUGGGUACCGAUUCAUCUCUCUCUUCGUCUUCGAUCAAGGCAAAUGAAAAGCGGAUUAGGAAGUGCCCUUCAGGGAUCCGUCCCGUAUCGUCCAAGCAAUCUUCAUCGUCGUCGAAGAAGUCGUCAUCGUCGUCUCGGAACAAGAAAUCAGUGAGCUUCUCGAAGCAUGAGACUCUGAUGCAAAAUGGUGAGAAUCAGGAGAGGUGGUUAACACCGGCCGAACGAGCCGCGGCAAUGAGAGAAUCGAGAAGACUAUCGCGAAAGCAGGAGCUCCUUCAAAAGGGAGAGCCUCGGAGACACCAGGACGUAGACCAAUCGGCUCACUCCCAUGGUGUCCCACCCGAAGUCAAGGUGCAUAGUACUUUGGACGAUAGUGUCACUCUCAACACGUACAAUACCUUCCACACAGCCAGUGGCGGGACACAUGUCAGCGCCAUGACGGCUCAAUUUAGCGUCAGCGACUGUCGAUCUUGUGGAAUUUCCGAUCUUGGAUUUCCAUGGUUCCAACACGAAGGAGUGCAUGAUCGAAUUCAGCACCAGCUGGAGACUGCGGCAAAGCAGCAGGAAGGAAAAGGCAUUCGACUGACCCACUUUACGGCCGUUAGGAGAGGUUUCCCAGGUGAGGUCGAUUCCAGUACGUAUGGGCGGCACUUGCCACCUGCCUUUUAUGGAACUCUUCAGACAAUGAAGGAAAGAUUCCGAAGUGAAGCUGUCGAUGAAGUCUGCUGUGAUGAUGGACAGGAACGUCCGUCCAUUACAACAAAAAUGCCUCCAUUGCCAUCUCAGGAGGAACUGGCUAGCUAUGCAAGCCGUUCAAAGGUUGCUCUGUUGGAAACAAUCGAUGCGCUGGAGAAGCUACGAGUCAAGACAGGUGAAUCUCUGGGGCCAACCAUUGAGCGCCUUCGGGUUGAAACGGAAGCUAGUUGUAUUCAAGGCGAUGCUUGGUGCAGAGACCACUACUCGAAAUUGGCAGAAACUACGACCGAGGUACACCGUGAAGUUGCAAAGGUUACCCAGGACUGUUGUGCAGGAGCUGAGUUCGACGAGCAGCAGCAGAUUCCGAGACUGACAUAUAAUACGUCCAUGGACCCACCUGAGGGUGAUAGUCCCAGCAUUGUUCAAGCCCCUACUCUACCAGAAGAAAAGGAGUUCUCGAGACAAGCUGACCAAGCAAUGCUUAAGAGCCUCAGAAAUGCAGCUUCCGUCUUUUUGGAUCGGUACACAGCAUUGAUUUCAUCCAUUCCGACAUUUGGUGCGAAGAACGAUACAGAAACCGAUCAGGUUGUCCUGGAACUCCCAGACAAUUUUUAUGUGGAAAUUGAGAACGCGUCAUUGAAGUCCAACAAAGCCAUCGAAGUCAAGGAAAGCGAUGACCUUGUCUUUGUCGAAACCAUGGAAAGCAUGAUGGAAAAGGAUGAGGUCCUAGGGUCUCAAGAUUCUGGGGAUACGCAAGAAGUGGUAGUUUUGCAAGAACCAACAUUGGUCGGUGCACAGGAUCCGGACGGAGUCAAGGAUUCAGAUGAUUGCUCCGUAGAGCCUUCACGAGAUUGUCCGAGCCGUCUUUAUGAUCCUAAUCUCCACCCUGAACCUGCCAUCAAACAAGGUGGUUCAACGUUGAUCGGCAACCAAGACAGCUUUGUUUCCAUCAACAGCCAGAAGUCUUCUCAAAGCCAAGAUGGAGUCUACAUGUCCAAGUCUUCUUUUAGUCACGAUAUGGCCAAGAUGUCGAAGUCAAUAAGCCAAGAAGACGUAUACAUGUCUAAGUCUUCUCAAGAGGACUUGAACAUGACGUUCAGCGGCGAAGAAAGGCCAAUUGGAACGUCACCAAGCAAACCAAUCGACUUGAAUAUGUCUGACAGCGUUUCAGUGAUGCCCAUCGGACAAUCACCAAGCGAGCCAAUCGACUUGAACAUGGCCUUGUCAUCUGACAGCGUGGACAGGCCCAUAGGGCGGUCGCCAAGCAAACCAAUUGAACUGCCGAUGUCAGCUAGCAUUGUUGGAGACAAACCCAUUGGAAGAUCGCCAAGCAAACCAAUCACCGUGGAGGAAUCUCUUGCAGAAGAUGCAGACCUGCAUCCAAAGAGAUAUGAUGACCGGGAGGCGGCCAGGUUAGAAAAGGCAUCCGCUUCUGUCUGGAAAAAGCUGAAGAAGCUGACCAAGAAGAAGAAGAUGGCUGCUGUAAACCUCAUGGGAGACUUGGUUGACGAACUUGAUCGCGAAUCUGUCUUCGUAGCCUCUUCAGAUGGCAUCGUUGGCGACAACGGUUCGGUUGGAACUCAAGGUACGUUCCAGAAUCCGAUUAUUCUUAUGGAGGAAAGCGAAAAAAUAGUCGAGCAACGACAGGAUAUGGAACGACCCAUGAAAGCGACGUUAGGCGCUCCACUGAGCCUAUCCAGUCGGGACGCACAACGAUUGCUGGAACUUGAAGAUCAGAGUCAAAUAAGCGCCCUCACGGGCCUAAAUUCCCAUGAAACGAACGGCAUCAUGACAACUGGCGCAGUAGCCAGCGUUGAGGACAAGUCAAAUGGUAUGCCACCGCGAACUGGUUUAGAUGCCGGUGGUGGAUAUGGCCCGUCAAUGAGGAACUACGGCAGGGAGCCACCAAUGAUGACUACUAGCGAGAUGGAGUAUGAUGAUAAACUCGGCAAUGAUUUCUCGAAGAGGAACGAAGCGGCAACCAAGUUCUUGUCGAAUCUCAAGAACCACCUGAUGAACGAACGCCAGCACCGGGGCAGGACUGCUGCCGAAACGUACGCCGUUCGUAAGUUUGUGAAUACGUUUGUGGUGGAAGAUGCUCCCAUUGCGCCACACACGCGUAACCCCAGGAUUGACUUACAUCAUCAAGGUGUGCGGCAUGGUCACUGGGACGACGACGACGAUGAACCCCAGGUGUUGCAAGCGCCCGCCAUCAACCUAUUGAACGCCACGAGCUUUUUCAACGGAGUCGACGACGACGACGAAGAGUCCGAGAUACGUGCUACGCACAACAGCCACAAGAAGCUACUUGCCGAUCCCAACCGAAACGGAAUCAUUGGCAAUUCUCAAUGGGAUCCGACCAGCAGAAAUCGUGUUGCCAUGGAACGUCGCGAUGAUGUGCAACCUUCGGCCAGGGGAGCGGACGUUCGCCAGGACGACACCCAGUUGUGGUUCCUCCAGCACCACGAUCAACGAUACGAGAAUCGAAUGCCAAGAAGAACCGCAGACCCUCCUCGGCCCGAAGUGUUCCGCACCUCCCCAGAGCACCCCCACAUAGUCGAGAGUGCCAGCGACACCAAGUCGAUUUCCUCGAGUAUUUUGGGCAAACGUAUUUCGAGGCGCAAGUCCGUAUCCUUCAAUCUUCCAGAGGACGAGGACGAUUCCGUAUCCAAUCGAGCCUCCCACGCUGAUCCAAGGUUACCCUUCGCCCCCGAAACGAUUUCUUCCCAAGCCGUGGCUCAUCGGUCGGUCGUGGCGCGGAAAGAGCUUGCCCGCCUUUCUCAGAGGCAAGCUACCUUGAUGGCACAGGGUGCCAAACUUGCUCACAAUUACCAGAGCAACAACAGAAUGUGA